AUGACUCGGCUACGGCCCUGCAUCGACCUCCACGCGGGGCAGGUCAAGCAAAUCGUCGGCGGGACCCUGGACAGCGAGUCCGCCGCCCUCAAGACGAACUUCGUCUCUCAAUUACCGCCGGCGCACUUCGCCAAGCUGUACAGGGACAACGGACUCACCGGCGCGCACGUCAUCAUGCUUGGGCCGGGAAAUACCGAAGCGGCGAGAGAGGCUUUGGAGGCGUGGCCUGGUGGUCUUCAGGUUGGAGGGGGUAUUACGGAUCAGAAUGCAAGGGAAUGGAUAGAUGCCGGGGCGGAAAAGGUCAUCAUCACGUCGUACCUCUUCCCGGAUGGAAAAUUCAACCAGGAGAGGUUAGAUUCUGUGCUUCGGAGUCUCGGGAACGACAAGAGCAAGCUCGUGAUUGACCUCAGUUGCCGGAAGACGGGGGAUCAGAGUUGGCAUGUUGCCAUGAAUAAAUGGCAGAAAAUUACUGAUAUGGAGGUCACCCAAGACUCAAUCAGGCAACUUGAGCCUUAUUGCUCCGAGUUCCUCAUUCACGCCGCCGACAACGAGGGCCUACAACAGGGCAUCGACGAGGAGCUCGUCAAGAGGUUAGCCGAGUGGUGCAGUAUCCCGGUUACGUACGCCGGAGGGGCGAGGCAUCUUGAAGACCUGGAUCUCGUUAAAAGGAUCAGCAAUGGCAAGGUGGACUUGACGAUUGGGAGCGCUCUGGAUUGCUUUGGUGGCGAGGGGGUCAAGUUGGACGACUGCGUGGCGUGGAAUAAGAGACAAUAG